UGCCCUCGCCAUGUCCCUGAACCAGCCCAGCAGUAGCGACGCCUGCUUGAGCAUCGUCCACAGCCUGCUGUGCCAUCGCCAGGGCGGGGAGAACGAGUCCUUCGCCAAGCGCGCCAUUGAGAGCUUGGUCAAGAAGCUGAAGGAGAAGAAGGACGAGCUGGACUCCCUCAUCACGGCCAUCACCACCAACGGCGCCCACCCCACCAAGUGCGUCACCAUCCAGCGGACGCUAGACGGCCGCCUGCAAGUGGCCGGGCGCAAGGGUUUCCCCCACGUGAUUUACGCCCGCCUCUGGCGCUGGCCGGAUUUGCACAAGAACGAACUCAAGCACGUCAAGUUCUGCCAGUUCGCCUUCGACCUGAAAUACGACAGCGUGUGCGUCAACCCUUACCACUACGAGCGGGUGGUGUCUCCGGCCAUCGGGCUAAAUAUCCAGAACACAGCCCCUCCCACUCGGCUGGUGAAGGAAGAAUUUGUCCCGGACUGCAUCCAGAUGGAAAUGGCAGCGCCACCACCGCCACCGGAGCAUCCGGGCCCUGGGAUCAAAAGCGCUCGUGCUCAGGCCGAGCAUUUCCGGCCUCUAUCACCCCUUCAGCUCCCAGAACCGUCCCGUCCAUCUGGGAGCAUCUAUGCUUCCCUGCCUUUAUCUCCCCCAGGUCCUCCCGCUGGUCCCUUGCUCCCCCUCGUGCACGGCGAGGGCCUGCUUAGGAUCUCCAGCCCUCCGCAGCCACCGGUUCCUCUGGGGUCUCAGCAAAAUGGCGGCAUCCCCAAAUUAUCCUAUCCGAAUUCAGCAGCAGUCAGUUGGACGGGGAACGGUGGCAACCCCCCGUUUGGCGCCGGCGGGAGGCGUCCGCUGUGCACCCCACCGCCCCUCCCCAGUCCUCCUCCGCCACCACCGCAGAACGGACGGAGUCACCCGCCGCCUCCCGUCCACCACUCCAACCAUUACUGGUCAACGCACCACAGCAAUGCCCCUUAUCAGCAACCGGUCUCUAGCCAUCCAGGUCCCGAGUUCUGGUGUUCCAUUGCUUACUUUGAGAUGGACGUCCAAGUGGGGGAGAUUUUCAAGGUCCCCGCCAACUGCUCCGUGGUCACUGUGGAUGGAUAUGUGGACCCUUCCGGAGGGGACCGGUUCUGCCUGGGGCAGCUCUCGAACGUCCAUCGCACUGACGCCAGUGAGCGCGCCAGACUCCACAUUGGGAAAGGGGUCCAGCUCCAGUGUCGUGGCGAAGGGGACGUCUGGAUGCGGUGCCUGAGCGAUCACGCCGUCUUCGUGCAGAGCUACUACCUCGACCGGGAGGCUGGACGGGCCCCGGGAGAUGCUGUGCAUAAGAUCUACCCGGGUGCUUACAUCAAGGUGUUCGAUCUGCGUCAGUGCCACCGGCAAAUGCACCAGCAAGCGGCUACGGCUCAGGCGGCAGCCGCUGCGCAGGCGGCAGCCGUAUCCGGCAACAUCCCUGGGCCUGGCUCUGUGGGAGGCAUUGCUCCGGCUGUUGGCCUCUCUGCGGCGGCUGGCAUCGGCGUGGAUGACCUCCGGCGGCUUUGUAUCCUGAGACUGAGCUUCGUGAAGGGCUGGGGGCCGGAUUAUCCUCGCCAGAGUAUCAAGCACACCCCUUGCUGGAUUGAGGUCCACUUGCACCGGGCCCUCCAGCUGCUGGACGAGGUGCUCCACACCAUGCCGCUGGCCGAUCCGGCUCCCGUCCACUAGAUCGGGAGAAGAGGGCAGGUCUCCGAAGCCCGCCGGCUUCGGGAUUGUGGGGGUGGAGAACCAAAAACCCCUUUCCUGAUGCUCUCACUGGGAGCAAGAUGGUGGAAUUCAUCCUGGACUCCUGUCCUUUGGAGAAAGCGGUGCCUCACCUUAAUUCCAUGCCUCUGAACACCAGCCUUUAAAGGAGAAUUAAAUGCGGACUUCCUUUGCUCCUCGAGCGCCAGUGAUCCAGCUGCAGAGAAUCCAAACAGCUGAGAUAUUUCCACUGAUCCAGCCCUCAUCUGAGAGCUCUCGUCUUAAACCAUCACCUUAGAUUUAUUCUCAAAUUUUAAAUUCCACAUCAAGAGAAGGAGGGUCAUGGUUAAUCAAUAAGCCAGCUUGCUUAUUUGGUUCGAAACACCUUACCUGGGCUUUUUUCUCCCUUUCCUUUUCUUUUAAAAAAGAUGCACUUAGGGAAUUUUAUAAGGAGUACAAGUGCUUAAAAAAAAGUGUCAGAUCUGCAAAAGUGGCCGGUGCUUUCUUUUCUUCAAGAAAAAGUGUCCAUUUGCUGCCCCACAAAGAGGGGAUGGAUGGUUCAGGAUUCUGCCCUCUCUAAGAUGUGUCAGAAAUGUUUUUAGAAAAGUGGGGCAGCUAUUUGCCGAAACUGAUCGACUCGAUUAUGGGAUCCUGAAUUUCUGCAAAUGCUUCUGAAAACAAAGACCUUGAUUCAGGAAUGAUGGUGUUACUCGUGUGCAAAGGUAUAUGGGUAGACGGCUCUUACUCGAGAUCAUGGGUUUCAAAUGGCCUCGGGAUUUUAGCCAGCUCAAGAACCAAAUAAUUGAAAAUACCAAAAAUAAAUAAAAAUGCGGAAAUGAUAAAUAACAUUUUAAACUAAAAGUGCUUCAGAGAGUUCAAGAGACCUCAUUUGAAGCAUUUCCAAAAUUUUAAUGGGACUCUGUCGCUGUUUCUUGUAAUGUCAGCUUGGUUUAAGUGUGGUUAAGUAUGGUUAAGUGGGAAAUGUUUAGAAAUCUUUCCCCUGCUGAUCGCUCGAGACGGAGCAGCCACCAAAGACUCAGGAACACGUGCCAUUUUCUCCCGGGUAAAUUGAGAAUCUGCCCUAAUUCAAGUAUGGGACGCUGAAAGUACACUAACAGGAAUGGCACAGUUUUGCUCACCCUGUCUAUUGCUGGGCCUUAACUUUAACACUGAAGUUCCUUUAUAAAUGAGCACUUCUUAAUUUAAACUUCUGUCUCUUGUCUUUUUUCCCCUCUUUAUUUU